AUGGACCCGUGUACCAGUGCCCAGGACGUGAUGCGAUGUGACCUGUGUGAGACAGCUUUGGUACAGAUGCACUGUGAUACGUGUCUUGUCAACCUGUGUAAGGCCUGCGUGGGAGAACACAUCUCAACAGAUGAAUCCAAGGACCAUAAAAUCGUCAAUUUUCAGACCAGGAAAUCCACUCUCCCUUACCAUAGAUGUAUAACGCACACUGAUAAAAGUUGUGAGUUGCAUUGUAGGGAAUGCAAUAUACCGAUUUGCUCCGUCUGUAUCGCCUCCAAACUACACAGGCAACAUGACAUCCACUUACUAAAAGACAACUUUGACAAGAAGAAGGAAGCAGUCCAAAAAGAAAUCAAUGUAUUGGAGGAUUCCAUUUACCCAACCUACUUGGACAUAGUAGCAGAUGUACAAAAUACACUGAGUCAACUAGAUUUGAAACACGAAGAAAUCUCAGCAGCCAUAACAAAACAUGAUUCUCAUGAUGUAUUCAAAAUCUUAUACCUCCAACUGGACUCAAAGAAGUAUAGAAUGCUUCCUUCUAAACUUAAUGUAAGCAAUGCACAAUUCUCCUCUCAAAUUGCAAUGCAGGAACAAAUCUCGAAAAUGUGUGGAAAAAUAAUACCACCAACAAUAACAGCCGAUAACCAUGGUUACAGCAUAAAAACAGCGAAGGGAUUGAUAGAUGAAAUGUCUCCUUUACAAGACACUGGAUUCUCUCUUCCAGUAAAACAGCUGCUUGAUGAACCAGAGACUGUCACCAUCAUAGACACUGGGUAUGGAGAAGUUAGCAGUGUGGCCUAUUUGAGUGAUGAAGAAAUCUGGACAAGUGGAGAUGGCAGGACCAUGAAACUCUUCAGCAUCAAUCAGGGAUUACUACUCAAGUCGAUCCAAACUAGGUCAGGGUACAUACCAAUUGACAUAGCAGUGUCGAAAGGUGGAGAUCUAGUUUAUACUGAUAACAUUGAUAGAACUGUAAACAUUAUGAAGAAUGCAAAGAAAAAGAGGCCGGGUGAUCAGACUUCAGAACUGGAAACCUUGUGGUGUCUAUUUCUAACUGAAAACAAGAACCAGGAUAUCUGUGUGUCUGACAUUGGAUCGAAUGAAGUAGUGGUGGUCAAUCUGGCAGGAAAACUGAGAUUCAGGUACACUGGACAUACUCCUGCUCCAAAGAACAAACCAUUUAAUCCACGAGAUAUUACCACAGACAGUCAGCGUCAUAUCCUUACAGCUGAUUUUAACAAUCAUUGUGUCCACAUCGUAGACCAGAAUGGACAGUUCCUCCGUUACAUAGACUGUGAAAUUGUGCGUUAUGUACUAUACAAUUGUGGUGACCAUUACAAAGUUCAAAAAUUUUCCCAAGUGUCCGUGUUAAUAUUGUCACUCUCCAGAGAGAACAAAUCAUUCCAACCACGAGGAAUCACCACAGACAGUCAGAGUCGCAUCCUUACAGCUGAUAAUAACAAUGACUGUGUCCAUAUCAUAGACCAGGAUGGACAGUUCCUCCGUUACAUACACUGUGGACUGAGUGAUCCCUGGGUAUUGUGUACAGAUACAAAUGACAAUCUCCUUGUUGCUCAGUGGGAAUACAGACAUGUGAAGAAAAUUAAGUAUCUGAAGUGA